AGCCAGGCACGCUGUUGAGUGAAGGGAAGAUGGCGGUGACCGGCUGGGUGGAGAGCCUGCGGGCUGCGGAGAAGACUGCGCUGCUGCAGGACGGGAGAAGGAAAGUGCACUAUUUGUUCCCAGACGGGAAGGAAAUGGCUGAAGAAUAUGAUGAGAAGACAAGUGAACUACUUGUGAGAAAGUGGCGUAUGAAAAGUGCCCUGGGAGCCCUGGGCCAGUGGCAGCUUGAAGUGGGAGAGCCAGCACCUCCAGGAGCAGGGAGCCUGGGGCCCGAGCUCAUCAAGGAAAGCAAUGCCAAUCCUAUCUUCAUGCGCAAGGAUACCAAGAUGAGUUUUCAGUGGCGGAUUCGCAAUCUUCCUUACCCAAAAGAUGUGUAUAGUGUCUGCGUGGCCCCCAAGGAGCGCUGCAUCAUUGUCAAAACCACCAACAAAAAGUACUACAAGAAGUUCUCCAUUCCUGACUUAGACAGAUUCCAGCUACCUCUGGAUGAUUCCUUGCUGAGCUUUGCUCAUGCCAACUGCACCCUGAUCAUCUCUUACCAGAAGCCAAAGGAGGUCAUGGUGGCCGAAUCAGAGCUACAGAAGGAGCUGAAGAAGGUAAAGACUGCCCAUAGCAGUGAUGGGGACUGUAAGACCCAGUAGCUUGCCCUGAACUUUUGCCUCUAGUGUGGAGAUGCUGUGAAACCUCCAGGCUGGUGCCUUUCUGAAACAGGGCAGCUGCUUCCUAGGAGCUACAUGGAGUGCAUCAGACUGGUGUGGGGCACUCCUAGCCCCUAUUCAUGGUCUUGUUUCCUGAGUAAAGUCAUUCUGACUGUUGCA